AUGCAGUGCCUGAGGAGGACUGCACGACUCCCCGUACUCUCCCACUGCCUCCUCCCGACGGCCAAGACCAGCAUCGCUGCCACUCAGACGCGACACGCCUCCAUCUCCCACUUGGACAGCACUCGCAACGGCAGAGAACGAGUCGUCGUCCUGGGCUCCGGGUGGGGAGGUUUCACCGUCUCCAGAGACCUCGACCCGAACAAGUACCAGGUCGUCGUCGUCAGUCCUCGAUCCUACUUCAUCUUCACCCCUCUCCUCGCAGGGACAUCAGUCGGAACACUCGAGUUUCGAACAAUCCUUGAGCCAAUUCGUCGGUUCCGCAAGCGUGGCUUGGAGACCGAGUUCUUUCAGGGAUGGGCCGACAGGGUGGACUUGGAGAAGAGGACGUUGACCAUUGAAGAGGCCACCGAGGAUCCGGUCUCGUCGCGAGCGCUGACGUAUGGGCCGAACGAGGACAAAUCGUUGCAACAGAAGAAGGGCGAAGAGCGAGCGGGCGCCAAGAAGGGCGAACUGUUUGACAUUGAGUGGGACAAGUUGAUUGUUGCCGUGGGAUGCUACGCACAGACUUUCAACACCCCCGGGGUAAGGCAGAACGCCUACUUUCUGAAAGACGCCGGAGAUGCACGGAGAAUACGCAAUAGACUGCUCUCGUGCUUCGAGAUUGCCGCAUUGCCCACUACGGAUGAGAAUAUGAAGCGCCACUUCCUCAACUUUGCCGUCGUGGGAGGAGGCCCGACGGGCAUCGAGUGGUCUGCCGAGCUGUACGACUUGAUCUAUGAAGAUAUGAGACGAUUGUACCCCGCUCUGAUCAAAUAUGUCAACAUCACGGUUUACGACGUCGCGCCCAACGUGCUCAGUAUGUUCGACGAAAGCCUGGGAAAGUAUGCGAUGAAACAUUUCUCUCGGCAAGGCAUUGCCAUCAAGACGAGCCAUCACAUUCAAGAGCUGAGGCCCGGUGUACCCCAGGGCAUGCAACCUCCCCUUGGUGUGAAAGAUGGCUCAUCUCUGUACACUCUGAAGCUCCAGGAGGAGGGCGAGAUCGCGGUGGGCAUGUGCGUGUGGUCGACGGGAUUAGCCAUCAACCCCUUCGUUGAGCGUGCGUUGAAAGGCUGCGUGAAGCAGCACGAAAAGUCACACGCAAUCAUGACCGAUGCCAGACUACAAGCGAAAGACACAAACGACAAUCCAAUACCGAGCGUGUACGCCAUUGGUGACUGCGCCAUCUUGGAGGGCACCGCGUACCCGGCGACCGCUCAAGUGGCGAAUCAAAAGGCUCGCUGGUUGGCCAAGCACCUGAACAAGGGCGACAUUGACCGUACCGAGUUCACGUAUCGAGAUCUGGGCGUCAUGGCAUAUCUCGGGGGAAGGAAAGCGGUCUUGCAGAGUGGCAAGAGCGACAUCUCCGGUUGGAUCGCAUGGGUCAUCUGGCGAGGCGCCUACCUCACCAAGACUGUCAGUUGGAGGAACAGGAUCUUGAUCCCUAUCUACUGGUCCAUCAACUGGUUGUUCGGGAGGGAUAUCAGCCGAUUUUGA